UUCUGUUUGAAGUUGACAUACUUCUUGUCUUCAACUGGCAGGCUGUAUCCCCACCGCACCACCCCAAAGCUUCACGAGUAAUGCAUGCAAGGCGCGUGAUUUGUGUGCCUGUUCAUCAACGCCAUGGCGUCAGAUGAUGGCAAAGCGGGUAUCGCAAAGGCUGCAGACCUGAGUGUCAGCAAUGAUGAACUCCUUGAUCUCAUGUCCCAGGUCAAGGCCGGUGGUCUCAGCAUCGAUGAUGCAAUCGCGGCUGCAAGGCGCACGAGCGUCACAGCCAAGCGUCACUCUCUUCCAGCCUCGGUCAAUUCUUCGCCUGUUCAGUCGCCAGCUCGCGAGAAGAAUCGCCGCUUCUCAUUGCGGGGCACUUUCCGCCGCCACCGUGACCAUACAAACCCAGCACAUGCCGCUGCUUCAGGAACCAUUCAAGAACAAAACGGUUCUACGGGUGCAAGCUUACCCCCACUUUCCGACACAAAUGACACUGCUGCUGUUCUCAAGACACGACACGCCCGCACGCCCGCACUUGCACGAGCGCGCAUUCAGGCAUCCUAUGUCGCCAACGCUUACCAAAGCGAUGCCCUAUUGGUGCGGCCCGGCACCCUUGUGGAGAUUUUAUCUCGUGAAGGUGGUGAAUGGCUUUGCCGUCACGAAGGCGAGGUCGGGUUCAUCAAAAUGGUGUAUUUGAAGGAAGCAGACGAUGACUAUCUCUCGUCAGCCUCUGAAUCGUGA